AUGAGGGGAACGGUCGUGUUCGAAGUUCGAACAGUUCCAUAGUACACUCGCGAUAACUUAAUACUAUAUUAAAAUAUUUGCAAAUUGUGCUUUUAAAAUAAUUUAAUGAAAAUACAAUACAGUUUCGUGUUUUCAGUGAAAUUAUUUAAAUAGAAAAACUAUUGUUGAUUUCACUUUUUUUGAAAAGUUUUGUUUUGUUUCUGAAAAAGUUUUCGGUUUAGGAUACAAAGUACCUUCAGAAAUAACAGUCUCGACGUGAAAUGUGUAUUUCUAAGGAAACAAUAUUGGGUAGUUUGUUAAUAUAUUUCAGUGUUCAAUCAGUGAAACAGUGAUUUUAACUAUGGAGUGUGUAUAUACAGUGCAGAAUGGAUAUUAUGUACAACAUUAGUUUGGAAAGACAAAAGUUCUACGCGACACACGACUUCAAUCAGUUCUCUGAAUCUAGAGACGUGGAAGUUGUGUAUACAUGGAACAUGGACUUCAACCGCAGCAUACUAGGCGCUGCCACCAUCCUGGUCCCGAAGACCACGGCCACUCCAUCAUCCACCACCAUGCCGACGUGGGCACACAACUCCUGGGUGUGUCUCUUCACCGCCAUGCUGGCUGUGGCUAUUGGAGGGAAUGUCAUUGUCAUCUGGAUUGUGACAGCACAUCGCCGCAUGCGGACGGUCACCAACUACUUCCUCGUGAACCUUUCCUUCGCUGAUCUGAUGAUGGCGUCUCUCAAUUGUCUCUUCAACUUUAUCUACAUGUUACAUAGUGAUUGGGUGUUUGGUGUACGCUAUUGUCAACUGAGCAAUUUCAUUGCAAACGUGACGGUCGCCGCCAGCGUGUUUACUCUCACCGGGAUAUCGUUUGACAGAUACCAAGCCAUCGUGCGGCCGAUGCGACCACGGAUGUCAAAGACGUGCUCCCUCGUCAUGAUAGCUUGCAUCUGGAUCAGUGGCAUGCUGCUCGCGAUACCCUGCUUAUUGUACUCAACCACGAAAGAAUAUAGGUCAAAGGGUACCCUCAAAACUGCAUGCCUGCUCUCCUGGCCUGACGGAUUACCUGACGUGUCGUAUAUGGAUUUUGUGUACCAAGUAUUGUUCUUCGUAGUGACGUAUGCCAUUCCAAUGCUGGGAAUGACCUUCUUCUACUCAGCCAUGGGAAAGGUUUUGUGGGGCUCAGGGUCCAUCGGCGAGCUGACGCAGCGACAGGUUGACUCGAUACGAUCGAAACGAAAGGUUGUGAAAAUGUUCAUCUUAGUGAUAGUGAUCUUUGGUAUAUGCUGGUUGCCGUACCAUUGCUACUUUAUCUACACACAUUUCAACCCUUCGAUUCUAUACAUGAAGUAUGUGCAGCACAUGUACCUUGGAUUCUACUGGCUUGCCAUGGCCAACGCGAUGGUCAACCCCAUCAUUUACUACUGGAUGAAUGCCAAGUUCAGGACAUACUUCCGCACAGCGAUCCUGUGCCGUUGGCGCGACAUCCUGCGCCGGCGCAAGCGGCCCCUGCCAGAGUCCCCACCGGACUGUAUAUCACAGUCCGGGAGUCGAUCCCGAUCAGGUUUUUACUCGUUAACUAUACGUCUCUACAGGUAUCGAGGAACUCAGAAACUCAAGAGGCAGUGCAGUAAGCGAAUGGCAGCGCUCGUCGUAUCGGAUGUACAACGACCUCCCGUUGCAGAGACCGCAUUUGCUUGCUAGCUGCCCUAAAUGCCCUCACGGGAUUUAUUAUGAUGCUUACAUCCAUGGAAGGAAAGUGUAAAUAUUAUAAAUAGAGUGACAAUAUUUAUUUGUAAUUUUACGGUUCAAGCCGAUGACUGGACGAUUAUUACUUUACUAUGUAACUGUAAAUAGUUUUAAGAUGUACGUCUAUUGUAUUUUAAUUAUAAGAUCAAUUUAAAAUGGUAUAUUGUGUAGGAAUUAUUCACAUUUUACUAAAUGUGUGUAUGUAUAUUUUUAUUUAAUACAUUUACAAUUAAGUAAUUGAUUUACGCACUAAAUUAUAAAACCAAUAUAAAAAAAAUAUUUGUUUGAAUAAGUAUUCUUAAAUUUUUAAAAUAAUAUGGUCAAACUUAGCUAAAACAGUCUGCUGAAGUAGUUUUUGCAAAGAAAAUAAAUGAUCCCAUCAGGAUAGAUUCGUGAAGAACAGUUGAAAUACGAUGAGUAUAUUUUUCAAGCCUCACUUUAACAUCUUUUACAGUGGUCCUUGGUGUCUAAAGCCAAGGCCACAGGAGCGAGCUACGUCAUCAUUAUUCGCAGUCCGACUUUUUCGAACUGGAGACUGUGUAAACGAUUACAUAUUGGUUCAAGAUUCUAAAUCUAAUACUGAUCUAAGUUUUUAUUAUAAAAACGCUAUCCAUAAAAUAAAAAAAAAGUUAUUUUUCUCUUUCAAGCUUAUUUUCUAAAGAAGAACGUUUUUAAUGAAGUUCACGUUAACAUAAUUUCCAUAAAUCUAUUAACUAGUAUGUUUUUGGUUUAUUCACGUAAUUAAUUGACGAGGAACUCGACUAGUUUCAAGCCAUACUAGAGACUCAUAUUCAUGAGCAGCAUUCCGCGACUCACGACACUCAUCGCUCGUCCUCGUCAAACAGCUACGUGAGUAAGCCAAAAAAAACAUAAUAAUUAAUUUAGUAUGUCUCACAAAAGCUAUAAUAUAAACAUAAUUUACGUAGUUUACAACACUUGGCAACAAUCUGAUUGAGCAAAUAAACAAAGUACCAUUCCCUUGUAGCCCAGCACGUAUAAACAAGCCGAUCGUUUUCCUCCAUUCUCAGAACCGCUUAGUCAGUAUGUGUGACUUUGUUCUUUGUAACGUAAACGUUAGUAAGAAACUUUGCUCAAUUUUCUUAAAUCGAGCACUCAGUUAGGUUAACUUUUGUAGGUCGUAAAUGAAAUAACAUGUGAGAGAUAAGAAGUCAGAGAGUGCUAUUUAAAGUUCUAUCUGUGUAGAAGUUUAUGUGAAAAGAUUCUGAGGAGAACCUCAGAAUCUUUUCAGUAUGUGUGACUUAAAUGUUUGCUAUGUGUGCUGUGCUAUGUGUUUCGAAAUAGGUUUUGAUAUCGUCAUGAAGUCAGUAAGUAUUGAAUAAGUUGACAGUGGCAAAAGAGUAAAUUCAAAAUGUUUUUUAAAUCUAAAUAUCUUUAAGGGUUUUUGUCAAAGAUAUAUAUUAUUAUCCCCAUCAGGUAAAAUGGCUGAAUUUGGUUUUCAUAAACUCAGUGUGUAAUUAUAAAAUAUCUUAAUAUUGGUGAACGAUAACAUAUUCCUAGAAUGUACCGGUCGUAACCUUCCCACGUGAGGCGAAGUAUAAUUUUGGCAUCAUAUUAAAGAGAAAGUCUCCAGUUUUCCAUUCCCAUGUAUAUGUUAUGAUAAUAAGCUAGUCCAUUAUUAUAACGGGUUUAAAACAUAACCAUUAAUGUGGGUGGUUACAUUCCUGUAAUGUUUAUAAAUAAUAUUCGAAUUUAUGUAUCCUGGAAAUAUUAUUCGAGUCUUUAAUCUUAUUUCGAGUUCUAACCUUGGAAUAUCUCGUCCGCCUACGCGUUCCCUUUUUUAAUAUACAUCUGGAUUUAUGUACAUCCUUUGAUUGCUUUACUGACAGUUUACUAAAGAAAAUUGAGUUUCCAAUUAUAUCUUGGAAAUAUUUUGGAUAAAAUAUGAUAAGUGUUGAAUGUGAUUUUACGAUGAUAUGAAACAGAUCUAUUUUCUAUGUACACGAGUUUAAAAGGACAUCAGAUAGAGACGUAUUGGUUACUGAUCUACUCCCUAGACAUAUGUCACAAAUACUAAUCGAAUCGAGUGAAUAGAAAAACCAAUGAAAAUAUACUUGAAUGCAACUUCACACAUUUCUAUAAGUAACCACUGCUAACCAAAUCCUCUUCUCACAAGGAAAAAGUUUGAGUAUUAAUCACCAAGCUUGCUCAAUGCGGAUUAGCGAUUUCAAACUUAUAUUUAGAAAUUAUAAACCCAGGUUUCCUUAGGACAUUUUCCUUCACGGUUCAUCAGUGAUGUCUAAAUAAUCUUAGAAAGUACACAUAACUCGGAAAGAGUCACAUUAGUACUUGCCUUAGAUAGGUUCCGAAUCCACUCUCUCAUGCAUCAGAAGCAGAAGAGUCUUAAAACUCCGUGCUACCACGAGUCACUCUU